GGGGUCGGGGGUUGCGGGGGUUGCCGUGGCGAUGGAAGCCCCUGAUAACCCCCCGUGCGCGCGGCACUGGCGGUGAAAGCCUCGCGCUACGUACUGGCUAAUGAUUGGCACGCUUGACAGUGAUUGGCAGCGCUGCCAUGGCAACGGCGCGGCGACACCAAGAAGACCAAUAGAAAAGGGAAACAAAAUGUUUCAAUGCUACACUCAACGGCGGAUUUAGGGGGGAGAUAUUAUGAGGCUGGCGUCAUUAGGCGACAGCCAUUGAAUCAUUCGAUCUGCUUUUUUUCCGGCGCAACUUCGCCGCGGCUUUUUCGCCCCCUCUUUUUUUCCUCCAUAAUUUGGGUUUCCCUCUCAGGUCAUUUCCAUGGUUUUCCGCUCGCCCUUAGAGCUUUAUCCCUCCCAUUUCUUCCUGCCCAGCUUCGCUGAUCGCCCGCUGCUGCUGGCGACCAGCGCGCCCGCCGCCAGGUCCGCGGAAGACUCGUCCAUGUUCCAGCUACCCACACUCAACUUCUCCCCGGAGCAGGUGGCGAGCGUCUGCGAGACGCUGGAGGAGACCGGCGACAUCGAGCGGCUGGGUCGCUUCCUCUGGUCCCUGCCCGUGGCGCCCGGAGCGUGCGAGGCCAUCAACAAGCAUGAGUCCAUCCUGCGCGCCCGCGCCGUGGUGGCCUUCCACACGGGCAACUUCAGGGACCUCUACCACAUCCUGGAGAACCACAAGUUCACCAAGGACUCGCACGGCAAGCUGCAGGCCAUGUGGCUGGAGGCGCACUACCAGGAGGCCGAGAAGCUGCGCGGACGCCCGCUGGGUCCCGUGGACAAGUACCGCGUGCGGAAGAAGUUCCCGCUGCCUCGGACCAUCUGGGACGGCGAGCAGAAGACGCACUGUUUCAAGGAGCGGACGCGGAGCCUGCUGCGGGAGUGGUACCUGCAGGACCCCUAUCCGAACCCCAGCAAGAAAAGGGAACUGGCGCAAGCCACCGGACUCACUCCCACACAGGUCGGCAACUGGUUUAAGAACCGGAGGCAACGAGACAGAGCCGCGGCGGCCAAAAACAGGCUCCAGCACCAAGCAAUGGGACCGGCUGGCAUGAGGUCCCUCUCCGAGGCCGGCCUCACCCCUCACAGCUCGGCCGAGUCGCCCUCGACGGCGGCCAGUCCCACCACCAGCGUGUCCAGCAUGACGGAGCGGGUCGACACCGGCACCUCCAUCCUCUCCGUCACCUCCAGUGACUCGGAGUGCGACGUAUGAUACGCAGAAACAAAACAAAGCAGGAGGGAAAAGAAAAAGAAAAAAAAACACACAAGAAAAAGAGAAUUAUUUACAGGGAAAAUGGACCUGAGAGGAAAAAAAGGACUUGGAUGGAGGAAGAAAAAGGACCGAUCGCUAUAAAUAUUACAUAAAAAGAGAUAAAGCACGUGUUUUUUUUUUUUUUUUUUUUUUUUAUUAAAAGCGCUUUCAAAAAAGGACCCAUGCUAUACCCUCUUCCUCGUCCUCCUCCUCUUCUUCACGCCCCCUCACACACCAAUGAAACUAGACUUGCAUGAAUAUUCCUUUUUCUUUGUUUCUUUUUAAAAUUAAAAUCUUUUGCAUCGAGCAGAGGGAAUCAACAUCUUUGGACCAUUUCUUUUUUGUGAUGACGUCACGCGGACAAGAUGCAUUUUUCUUUUUUUUUUUCUUUUUGUUCACCAGACAAUCAUUUCAAGUCGUAUCAGCACCUUUUUUAUUGUUGUUUUCUUUCUUUCUUUCUUUUUUGCUCCCCCCCAAAAAAGAGAUAAAAUAAUAUUCCUUUGUCACUGCCUGUGUGGGUCAAAACAAUGUGUCAGAUUUUUAUUUUCAAAUGUCAUUUUAUUUUUUUUGUCACUGCCUGUGUGGGUCAAAACAAUGUGUCAGAUUUUUAUUUUCCAAUUUUAUUUUAUUUUUUUUAUAUAUGGGAUGAUGUAUACCUGAAGAAGAAAAAAACAAAAACAAUGCCACCAUUCUCCCGCUGUGUAAUAUACGUGUAAAAAUAUGCUUGUACAUAAUUCUGGCUGCCCAGCUGUCCCACCCACUCAUCCUAUUUUCUACCCCCUCCUCCCUCACUUUUCUCGACUUGGUGUUCCUACAUAAAAUAUUUGUUCCAAACUGAAAACACUCACCCGCUGAAGGCCUGUCUGUUAUCUAUGUGACAUUUGCGCAUAUCACAAUGUGGACCCUCCUCCUCUUCCUCCUCCUCCUCACCUUCAAACCAUGUUUUUAUAUGUGAAUAUCAUAGGAUCUUAUGUUGUUUUUCUAAAUAAUCAAAUAUAAUAUUUAAUUGAAA